ACAUGACCAGCGGGGGGGAGACACUGCGGAACCCAGAUCCCAAAGCUGGGUGGUGAGUCUGCUCAACAAACUUCAAAAGUGAAGUCAAAACAUGUCGCAGCUCUCCACAAUCACCCUCUUCUUGUUACCAUGGAUUCCAGCCUUUCUCUGUAAGGUUACCACGGAGGAAGAGUUUGCCGUCCUGGAGGGGGGCUCCCUCACCAUCCCCUGCCACUACGAGCCCCAGUACGCCAGCUACGUAAAAUACUGGUGCCGGGGGAGGACCAGGGACUUCUGCACGUCGCUGGCUCGAACCGACGACCACCACCUGGUCGACCCGGCCGAGAAGAAAGUGAGCAUUUUCGACGACCCGGUCCAGCAGGUGUUCACCGUGACCAUGAAGGACCUGAAGGAGGGCGAGUCGGGGUGGCACAUGUGCGGCGUGGAGAUAGGUGGCGUGUGGGAAGCUGACGACACCGCGUUUACAAACGUAAAAGUGAUUCACGGCAUGUCAGCUGUGAACCCCAGGAUGAGUGGAGCAGAGGGAAGCGCCGUCACAAUCGAAUGCCUCUACAGUGAGAGAUACAGAGGAAGCGAGAAGAAGUGGUGUCGGAGUGGCGACUGGAGGUCCUGCCUGUCGACAGGCUCUGACGGGAGCUACGAAGACUCCUCCGUGGCCAUCAGAGAUGACAGAACUGGGGCUUUCACUGUAACCUUUAAGAAGCUGCAGCUGAAAGACACGGCGUGGUACUGGUGCUCUGCAGGGCAGCAGAAGACAGCCGUGCACCUGCUGGUCACGCCCCAACCCACCACCGUCCCACCUGUGUCGGGCCAGUCCUUCCCAGACCUGCCUCCAGCCAAACCCAUCACUAGGGAGACCUGGAGCAGCCACAGUCCCAUGUUGGCAUCCGUGGUGGUCUGUUCAUCUGUCAUUUUCCUGGCUGUCGUGGCCAUAUUGGCUAUAAAGUUCUGGAGGCUGCACAAGAGCGACCGGGUACCAAGAGACGUCGAGGAGAUGAGGGCGAAAUUCAGCGGCUGUUCAAGAGAAGCAGGUGACUUUCAAAACGCGGCAGUACUUUUCCUUAACAAGGAUUCCCAAGAUGUGCAUGUGUACUGAUAUCUGAUGUUCUGCAACGUUUAUUGUUACUUUCACAAACUGAAUGUAAUGUUUUUUUUUUAUUUUUAUUAUUAUUACCUUCCACUUGUCAGAGCAUGCACCCUCGAUGUCAUUGUGUUUCCUUUUGCGCUGGGCACCACAGUACACGUUCAUCAUGCGCUGCUUUCUACAGUUCAGCUUUUACAAAUUUGCACCGCUUUCAUGCCCCCCCCCAAAAAAAAAACAAAAACAAAACAUGGAUGAUGUUCACAUUUGGUUCAAAUCUGCCUGUUGUACUCAACAAAUUACUCAUCUAUUCAAUCAGUUCUGUGUGAAACCGGUUCAGGACGUUCAGAGGGGAAUCUAAUAACUCUAUUACCAGUUUUAGCUUAUUUAAGGGGAAUCUUUGUUGGCUUUACAGCGGCAAGUUAUCUUUGUGGAAGAAAUUAUCUUCCAUGUUAGAUGAAAAGAUUUUGGACCAGAGGGUCAUUAAGCAGGAGAAACCACAUAACUGCUUUCUAAAUGCGCCAAGAGGCCAAUUUUAAACUUUGAACGACCACUUCGUCAAUACCUGAACCACAACGGUCUUUAAUGAGCUUCACUAUUUCUGAUAACAAUAAAAAAUAAAUAAAAGUGUGUAUAAAUAUUUAUUUGGAAUCAUGCCCGGAGCUCGCUGAAACGAAAUCGAGUUGCUCUUGAUUCGUCUUGCUCACAAAAUAUGGGCCAUGGGAACCUCUGAAUGAGAAAGUGUCACGGCUGCCCAACCUGCGCAAAUAAGAUCAUAACAUUAUUUGAAACUCUGCAUUGAAUAUUGCUGGUUACAAAUUGAUAACCCCCCCCCCUUCAUUAUAAAACAAGGGGCGGGAAGAGUUAGUCCAGUCCAUUACACAGAAUUUCUUUUGCAUCACGCAGACGACCUGGAGUGUGUGAGAUUUUUAUUUAAUGAGGCCGUGCCUGCAGGAUGCAUAAUGCUACCAGGUCAGCAACCCCUAGCACAGCUCUGCAGUGCGAGCCUUUUGUUCCACCCGGGAUGCUCUCGAUUCGUAUUAUUACGGGGUUUGUUUAGCGUAUGUUUUUUAAAAAUUUUUUAUUUUUCUUUUCUACCCAAUAAAUGAUGCAGUGAUUAUAUGUACUGCAUCAUUUAUCAGCAGGGAGCUGGUUGGUGUUUUAGAGCUUCCUCCCCUCUCCCUCCUCAUAUAAAAUCCAUAUUUUGCUAAAUAAAAAUGUGCAUAUUUGCUGUUAAGAGUGUUUUUGUCAUUCAGCUCCACAUAUUGAACGCAGGAAGGCGAUCAUAUUUCAACAGAACGAGGCAAGCGUGAAAAUAAACCAAUAAAUCAAUAAGCACUGCAAA